CCAAGGUGAAGGUCGCUAAGGAUGAAUCAUGGCUGAAACCAGUUGAUGAUUUCCUGACGAAUAAAUGGACCUGUUGGUGUACAUUUAAGAUGUAGAAGACCAGAAAUAUUGCGAGUGUCUAGCAAAGGUACCAAGCAGACUUGCCAACAAUGGAGAGCGCUAUUUACCUCCCAUUGUUGCUGUGCUUCUUUGUUUUCCUAUGCAAAGCUGAAAACAAAGUCAUUAAAAGUCGCAGAGGAAGUGUAGUAACUUUACCAUGUGAUCAUGGCGGCAUCAACAGGGCCAACAUUGAUCAAGUCCUAUGGUUCAAAGGGACUCAGUCUCUUCUUUCCUGGUCAAAUAUAGGUGUCACUAGCACUGCUGGCACUGACCCGAAAGCCCAAGAAAGGAUUACCAUCAUCGAGGCAGAUUUCUCGCUGAGAUUAAAUUCUGUGGUGAUGGAGGACAGUGGACAGUACAAGUGCUACGUGGAGUAUACUAGUGGCAAUGAUACACUGAUGGCGAACUCGACACUACUGCUCACUAUACAAGAUGUGCCAAGCCCACCAGGGAAACCAAUAAUAUCGAACAUCCAGUCCAGGUCCUUUCAUGUGACAUUCACAGCCAGUGCACUAAGUAACAACAGCCCAAUUAAAUAUUACAAUGUCCAUGUCAUACAGAGGGGCGGAAAUUGGGAAAACGCCAUCUCCUUCCAGGUGCAUGCCACCUCCAACCUGUCAAAUAUUUUGAUAUCGUCUGCUGGUAUCAUCAGACCGUACAGAAAUUACGUGGUCCGCGUUUCCGCCAUCAAUGAAAUAGGGAACAGCAGCGCCAGUGAGGAGACUGAAGUUCAGACGGCUGAGGACGAGCCGCUCGCUAAGCCCACCAUCCUUGAAAUACGUAACCUGACGAAUUCGUCAGUCCAGCUUCACUGGCAGGAUCCGUCACCCGACACCCUGAACGGGGAACUCCUGGGGUAUAAGAUAGUGUAUAAGCGCCACCCAGAGGGGAACCUGCACCCAAUUACGGUGCCUAACCCAGAUGAAAAGACGUAAGAAAAAUUACCAGGAAACGGCCACCAAGGGGUCCGAUGACAAUAUAUCACAGCCUUUACUACUUAUGGAGUUGUAUGGAAGAAGCAAUUACGAAAGUGUCAGCAUUGAGAACUGGGCAGACCAUGUAAGGAAGAUGCAUGCUGAUGGGGAUCUACGUUUCUCUGAGGAAUAUGAUGACAUCAACAACAGUGUGAACAAGAAUAUCACUCAGGACGCGGCAUAUAUGGAUGAGAACAAGCCUAAGAACAGAUACGUCAACAUUUUGCCAUUUGACCAUACCCGGGUAGUGCUAAAGCCAAUGUCCAAACAUAAUGACUACAUUAAUGCCAACUUUGUUGAUGGUUACCACAAAGCCAAAGCCUAUAUAGCUACCCAAGGUCCACUGCCUAAUACAUUUGAGGACUUCUGGAGAAUGGUGUGGGAUCAAAACUCUGUCAUUGUAGUUAUGAUUACAAACCUGGAAGAGAAAGGAAGGAGGAAGUGUGACAAAUAUUGGCCAAAUGAGGUGGGACACACUGAGACUUAUGGGAAUAUGCAAGUGGAGUACCUGGAUGAAGACGAGCGUGCAUGCUACACCAUACGCAAAUUCUGUCUGCGAAAUCAAAAAGCUAAAAGAGUUAGCACAAGAGUGAAACAUUCCGCAUUUGAGCGUAUUAUCUACCAGUAUCACUACACGGACUGGCCAGACCACGGGGUCCCAGACUACACACUACCCGUGUUGACGCUGGUCCAGAAAUCGUCGCGUCAUAAUCCUGAAGGGGCAGGCCCUAUCAUUGUACACUGCAGUGCUGGAGUUGGUAGAACUGGCACGUACAUAGUUUUAGACAGUAUGAUACGACAGAUUCUAGACAAGCGAACUGUGAACGUGUGCGGUUUCCUCACACACAUCAGGCACCAGAGGAGUUUCUUGGUGCAGACAGAGGACCAGUACAUUUUCAUUCAUGAUGCCUUGUUGGAGUACAUUCAAAAAGAUGGUGACACAGAGGUUCUUAAUUGUAAACUUAAAGAAUUUGUAGAAGAAAAUCUGACAUUUUGCAAUGCAGAAGGAGAGUGUUUACUUGACAGGCAAUAUCAGCUAGUAACAGAAUACAAACCAAAAGACCACGAGUUUUCUCCUGCACAUAUGAUAUAUAAUAAGAACAAAAAUAGGUCUGAAAGGCUUUUGCCAGUGGACAAGAGUAGAGUUCAUCUCCCAAAGCAGCCUGGCAUAGACGGGUCAGACUACAUCAAUGCAACGUUCCUGCAGGGCUAUUUCAAAAUCAAUGAGUUUGUGAUCACCCAGCACCCCCUGGGGACCACCCAGGAAGACUUCUGGAGGAUGGUCUGGGACCAGAACUCAGCCACCAUUGUGAUGCUCUCGGAGGUCACUAAAGAUGGGGAAUUUCCUGAAUUUUGGCAAGGCAAGGAUGAAACCCAAGAAAUAGACAGUGGAAACUUCAAGGUGACUCAGACUGGGGAGGAUUUCUCCCAGAUUCACAACAUUACCAGAGAUUUCCUGAUUGAGUCUAAACAGGAUGACUACGAACUCACUUCGCGUAUUAUCUCUACGACUGCUUGGCCUGAGAGUUGCACUCCUCUGCAUACAGUGCUGGAGUUCAUUGACACAGUUGAUAGCUGGCACAAGGAGCACCAGAAUGGACCAAUUAUAGUUAUAGACAAAGAGGGUGGAUCAGUGGCUGGCACUUUCUGUGCUCUUUACUCCCUGAACAACCAGAGAAAACAUGAGGAUGGGGUGGAUGUCUACUCCCUGGCUAAAACGUACCAUCUCAUGAGACCUGGGAUAUUUUCAUCAAAAGAUGACUACCACUUUCUGUACAAAGUAAUGGGCAGCAUUGUGGAGUCCCAGCCUGACAUUUUAAUGGACAUUAAAGGACGGAUUGGAUCAAGCGAAAGUCUUAACCAUGGCAACAAUGGUCAGCCAUUGUCCACUUGGGCACAUGGACUGAGCCUGAAGAGGAAUGAAGAGCAGACAACCACCACUGUUUAGAUUGUCAGAAAGAAUAGUGGGAAUAGAACAUGAAUGAAAAUUCCUUAAAAUAUCAACAGGAAUUUGAAAGGCAGUAGAAAGGACAGCAUAGCAAGUGUCUGUUCUUCAUAUUCCUCAAAAGAGGUAGGGACCUUGUUAGGUUUAGUAUGGGAGAAAGUACAUAUCGGAAUAAGGGCUGGUGGUGUGUUUUAGUUUUUCUGUGGCCAAGAUGCACAUAGGUGCAAUCUUUGCAGUCGCUUUUAACUACAAGAACUGCUUUAAAAUUUUUGGGUGAUGUUUGAUCCAGAAGUUGUUAAGGGUAAAGGUGCUUUAAACAGCAGGACAUGAAGGAGCAUUUUCUUUAUGGAGCUUUCAUAACUGCAGGACUAAAAAAAGAGUUGUCAUUUAGUUUGCUGAAUGUUGCUUCAAAAACUGGAACUGCAGCAAAGGAAUAAACUGCCAGGCAAUGGACAGCUUACAGUAAAAAGAAUAUAAUUUUUGAAUAGUUUAUAGUGUUAUUGUAGCAUAUUUACACAUGCAUAUAAGUAUCUGUAUUUUCCCAUUGAUGUGUUGAUGACAUUGAUGACAGUUUUCUAAAGAAGUGAAGGAGCUCUCAAAUAUACAUUGGUAAAUGCUUCCCACUUUGCCCUCAUUUUUUUUUCUCUGGUGGCCAUAUUUGAUAGAUAGACAUAUUUGAAUCAAAAUGGAAUGGAGUAGAAGCAAGUUGUCUUGGACAUGAUAGUAUUACAUGACGUCUGCGGGAAUGACAUAUGAGCCUGUGAUAGCUCUUUGACCACAUGACCCAUACAAACCAAUCACAAAUGUCAUUUUUUCCCCAACUUAUUGGUCACAUGGUUCAUUUGAACCAAUCACAGUGCUAUCAUGAAAAUUAAAAAUGCUUCAAUCCAAGAGGUGCAGUGCAAUUGAUUAAACUUUUUUUCGCAUUUAAUUUCAAAAUCUCUAUUGGUAUAAAAAUGUAUGUUUCAUUUUAUAGCGUGCAUCAUCGAAUAUCAAGUCUGCUUUCAUUUAAAAGUAGUUUUUUAAAGAUAAGUGUAUAAAAAAAUGAUACAACAAAGGUAGCACAUAUCUUGUUUCUUCCCUUACUUAAAUUAGUGUAUUCUCAUAUGAAAGUGCAUUCACAUGAUAAUGAAGACUAUUAUAAACUAAAAAUAAGUCUGAAAAGGGGUUCCUCACUUACCCUUUCCAACAGGUGAUGUAAAUUAGGCCUAUUUUCUUGUUUUGAGUGAAUAGAAUAUGAUGAGAAGUUCUGCAAAGGACAAGAAAUGAUGUAACAAUGGGCACAAUCUAUAGUACCUCCAUCCUUCUUAUUUUAUACUUUUCUAAAGACAUUCCUAUAUAUCUGUUUUCUUUAAUAGAGCCUUGGUUUGAAAGUAGUUGGAGAUGGCUUUUAGAUAAUACAUUUCUGAUCUCAAAUUUAUAUAUUUUACCCUGUGGACUGUACAGAAAAAAUAUUUUACUUGGUUUUGUAUAAUAAUAAGAGUUCACAUUUCUGACUAAUUUCGCAACAUCUCUUUCACUUUUUUCUCCAUUGAACCUCUUCCCCCCAAAAAAUUUGAACAGUUACUAUAUUUCUUACCCAUAACCAAAUGCCUGAGCCAUCCACUAUGUCGUAACAUGUAAGUCCAUAUACAAGUCAUGUGCUGAGUCUGUUAAAGAAUAUUCAUAGAAUAUCUUUUAAUCCUGUUGGGGGUUUCAUCAGGAAUAUUCUUCAAUGUAACUAUAUACAAGUCCAGUGAAACAAUUUGCUUAAGUGUUGACUCUGUUAUCAGUGGUGGUUUUAGUGGAUUAUAUUUUGUAACCUAAAGCUUUGUAAAGUUUAACCCAUAUACAUAUUAUUUUGUACUGUUAUAUUUAUGUGCCAUGAAUAGAAUGUUUCUACACCAGGAAUAUUAAUCAAACUUGUUAACAACAUUAGACAUUAUGGUUCUACAAUUUCAUCAAAUGCAAAUAUCCUUUCAACUUAUUUUUACUGGAACUUGCCUUGUCUAUCUAUCUAUCUAUCUAUAUAUAUAUAUAUAUAGAGAGAGAGAGAGAGAGAGAGAGAGAGAGAAAGUUGAUGAGCAUAACUUGUCAGCAUUUGGCUAUAAGAAAAGAUUCGACUUAAACUGUCCUGUUAUUUGACCUGACAAGUUUCAGUAAGAGUAAGUUGAAAGGUUAGCAGCAUUUGUAUUGGAGGCUAAUGUUUUAUUUUCACAAUGGCAUGAAAUAAUUAAAAUAAUGUUGAUUGACGAAAAAAUUCUCCCCCUCCAUGCACUAGAACAGAAUAAUAUAUUUCAUUUUCUAUUAUAUCAUAUAUUUGUAUAUUUUCUGAUAGGCAUGUUUUCAAAGUAAUGUAUCAAGAUGGAUAGUACUGAGAAUUGUAUGGGGGUCAUCCAAGAUAGUACAGGAUUUUGAAUUUUGCGUAAGAUCAAGCUAGACUGAACAUGAUUUGUAGGAGAAUGAGGUCAGAAAAAGUUUCGCCUUUAUUGCUUUUAAGUUCACGUGAUUUCUGGUUGUAUGUACAAUGACAUGCAGUGCCAAAAGCCUAGUUUCAGUCUAUCUGAGAUGAUCCUCAUUAAAAUUCCAGGAAAGGUGACAACAGCAUUUUUGUUAAGACUGUCAAUUAAUUUUUUUUUAUAUAUAUAACGUGCCAGAAAUGUUGUCACAAGUCGCCAAAUUAACCUUUUGCUUCUCCUCUACUGCAAAUUGUAUAUUACAAGUAUGAUGAUGUGUAUCCAGAAAAUUGAAUCAGAUGUGUUUUGUAAAUAUUUUACCUUAACUGUAUACUUACAAUUUUAUACAUAUUAUUUUAUGAACCUCAGUGCAUUUAGAUUUGCCAGAGAUCAUGAAACAAAGUGGGGUCAAAUAUUUGUUUAUGGGGGAUAUCUGGAAAGAGAAAUUAAAUACACUCCAUAAUAAUUUUAUAUAAUAUAUAUGUGAUUAAAAAUUCAGUUAGCUAGUGAAAUAUUAUGACUUUAAAAUGCUUUAUAAUAUAUAUGUGUGUGAUGAUUAAAAGCUAUAGAUAAUUAUAAAGUAGGAGUUUCGUAGAUGAAACCUGACUGAAGUAGUCUUUCAACUAUGUUACUCAUAUCACUCAGAUAAACGUGUGAAUACAACACCAAUUUCUGUAUUGCUUAUCAUUUUGCUACAUCAUGGUGCAUGCUAUUCAGAAGAGCUUCCCUAUAAAAAGUGUUAUAUAUUAUGCCAUGCCAUUUAUGCAGGGAAACUUGUGUUUGAUACCCUAAAUUUGUGUUAUUGAGUCCCGUGUUAAUGGCAUUCUGUAAUUUAGACCAAAUCACAUGGUUAUGUAGUUACUCCAUGAUGGAUCGAAGCAGAUGGAUCUGUUUACAUUUGUUGACUUUGGACCGAAGAGUGUCCUACUUUCCAUCAAUAAGCAUUCAGAUUCACUUUGACUAAGUGUAAGUUUGUCGGUUAACGAUGCCAGUAGGAUAUAUCUGAUUUGAAGUGGUCCUGUGUAAAACAGACUUGGAACAAAAAUGCUGGGAUUUGGGGAUAACACAUCAAUUUUUUUAACUUAGCUUAACAUUUGCU